UAUUCUUAUUAACAAUUAGUUUUGUUGAGUGGGUUUUCUUGUCUUAGCCUGAUAUCAGAGUUGCUUUUUAAUAUUCUGUUCUAGUUUCAGUUACAUUGAAAUGGAAAGAUCAAAAAACUUACUGAAGGAGUUCUAGUAAUGGGUCUUUUUGGUUUCUUAAAGCUGCAGUAUAAGAAUUUAGCCAUUUUGAGAGCUGGAAUUUGGAAUCUUAGAGAAGCUAGCUACUAGACAAUAGUAAUGCUACAAAGAAAUGAAGAUUUCAAUGAUCUUAUUGCAUGCAUGAGUCUGUUUUGAUAUUUAGCGUUUGCAGAAAAAAAUUUCAAAACAUCUUCAAUCGGGGGUCUUUCAGAAGUGGAAGUUAGGAAGAAGAAGAAGAUGGGGUGGAAAUUCUGCAGAAAUCUUUUCUUUAGAACAAGAGCAACAUUGAAGAAAGUUGUGGUUAAGAAUGAGAAGGGGAAGAGAUUGAAGUUUCAGUAUGAUCCUUCAAGUUAUGCAUUGAAUUUUGAUGAUGGAUUGAGAAAAGAAGCUGAUAAUCGGAUUACUGGUUCCUGUAACGGUGAAAUAAACUCCACGUGGGUUUAUGUAUUGUGGGUGAAAUCAUAAUAGAACAAGAACAGAGAAAAUCGUGCAAAUUCAGUGAGUGUUCACAUCAUUACUGUUUCUUUUCUUGCUAGGGUCUCUAAGUUUCAGCUGGUUAGAUAAUUUUAAUGUAUUUAUUUUACUUUCUGUGUUUACUAUGGGUAUAAAUCACUGUCUAUCUACGAGAAUUGCUUAAAUUAGGUACAUUUGGGAGUUGUGAACACGAACAGUGCAUUUAUCUACCCCCUCCUUUCAAGAUGUCUUACCAAUUUUCUGCAAAUGAAACAGUGUUUUAACUCCACAA